AUGGCCAGAGCAGCAGAGACGGUGGAGUUCCAGAAAGAGCUCGGCACAGGGAUGAGAGCUGAGAUCCAGAGCCCGGGUUGGAAUGCAGAGUGCUGGAGAGGCGGUCCCCUGCCUGAGGCGCAGAGUGGGAUUCUGGGUGUAGGGGCGGCGAGGCUGGUGCAGCACGUGUGUUUGGAGAAAGAGUGUGGCGUUUCAGGGAACAUCGCCUUGCCGUGUAGUUGUGUUUACACGCAGGUGAAUGGGACACAGACGCACGCAGAUACACAAAAGCCUAGAGUAGGUCCAGUCGAGGGAGGAAGUCACUGGGACUCAUGGAGCAGCAGUAAGUACGGAGCCAUAAAGGACGCAGGGGUGACGGCCCAUCCUGGACACCGCACACCGCCAGUGAAGAGAGGGGCGCGGGGGAACAGCUUACCCUGGAGGAGAUGCGCCCGUGGAGGGCGGUCUCAGAGGGACGGCUCUUUCAGUCCACAUUCCGAGAUCUCCAUGGAGCAUCCAGGCGUGCCAGGCGCCGAGCUGGGCAGCCGGGGGUGGGGACACAGCCCCCACCUGUGUCAGUAUUCUCUGCAGAUCUGGACAGACCUUGGCUGCCUUUCAGAGGAAUCUGGAAAUAAUGAAAGUACUACCGACGGCCUGGAGAAUGGCCCUGACUGCAUCAUGGUGCUGGCUCUGACCUCACACCUGGGACUCUCCCCAGCCCCACCCAGGAGGGCAGCCAAGCCCGGCCAUGUGGCCCUCCCAACUGCUGUCCAGCCCUCCGCUGAGGAGCGCCUUGCUCCUCAAGCUGAGAUAAGGGAGCUGGACAAAGACGCCAAAUCUAACCGGAGCCGACUCUUCUCCUCGCCUCGCCUGAAACCCUCCCGCGGAGUCACAGGAAAGUCAUGGUGA